GUGUCGUGACACGUCCGUCUUGCAUUUAAGAUUUUUUUAAUGUGUGACAAUUUAAUAAUGAUGACUUUGCGUUAAAGUCGUAUGAAAUGGAAAACGACCCGAAUAACACUACGGCGGGUCGCGAGACUGGGCGGUGCAUGUCGGUAGCAGCCAUGCAGGCACUGCACCGGCUGCGCGAGUGCCGGCUUCUCUGCGACGCGAUAGUGCGCGCGGACGACGGCGCCGCAUUCCCCGUGCACCGCGCCAUACUCUCUGCCUGCAGCCCAUACUUCCUGGCACUAUUUACAACAACGUUGCACUCUCGCGAGCAGAGUGACGUCCUGAUAUCGGGCGUUCGCUCCGAGAUCUUGCUGCUCCUGAUCGAGUACGCGUACCUGCGCCGGAUCGACGUUACUGACGGCAACGUGCACGAACUGCUUAUGACGGCCGACUACCUGGCCUUUCUCGGCGUGCUGCAGCUGUGCUGUGACCACCUUAGGGUUUCACUGAACCCUAAAAACUGUCUUGGUAUCAUGAUGUUUGCUAGGCGUGUAUUCUGUUAUAAGCUAGAAGCCGACGCCCGAAGGUAUUUACUGCGCUAUUUCGUAACUGUGGCAACACAAAGUGAUGAAUUUCUCCAUUUACCGCUCGAAGAGCUCAAUUCUAUUAUUCUCGAAGACGAAUUAAAUGUAAAGAGCGAGGAAGUAGUUUGGGAGGCUGUAUUACGUUGGGUGAAUUACGACCCUGACAAUCGCUGGCAGCACACUGUCAAACUUAUGGGCAGUAUACGACUUGGUCUACUCGAUACUCAGUUUUUCUUGGAGAAUGUAAAAGACCACCCUUACGUCACCGGCAAUGAAGGCUCCCGUCCGAUAAUUAUCGAAACGCUAAAAUUUCUUUACGACUUGGAAAUGAUUGCUCAGAGAGACGGUGAAGUCGCUACUCCAGAAAUCGCUCGUCCGCGAGUUCCACACGAAGUCCUGUUUGCAAUUGGAGGCUGGAGCGGUGGUUCUCCUACAGCAUUCAUUGAGACUUAUGACACCAGGGCUGACCGUUGGAUAAAGGUAGAGGAAGUUGACCCUGCAGGACCCCGAGCAUAUCACGGCACGGCGGUGCUGGGCUACUGCAUUUACGUCAUCGGUGGCUUUGAUGGAAUGGAUUAUUUUAAUUCGUGUCGUUGUUUUGAUGCCGUUAGCAAAACAUGGCGCGAGGUAGCACCAAUGAACGCCCGUCGUUGCUAUGUAUCCGUAGCAGUACUAGGCGAGACGAUUUACGCUAUGGGUGGUUACGACGGUCACCAUCGUCAGAACACCGCCGAGCGGUUUAACCAUCGUACCAAUCAGUGGUCGCUGGUUGCACCUAUGAACGCACAAAGAUCUGACGCAAGCGCCGCUGCACUUGAUAGUACCUAUACACAUAAAAUCUACAUAACAGGCGGGUUCAAUGGACAAGAGUGCAUGAAUAGCGUAGAGGUGUACGAUCCGGAUACAAACCAAUGGACCAACUUAGCACCGAUGCGUUCACGCCGCUCUGGCGUCUCCUGUAUCGCUUACCACAACAAGAUUUACGUAAUAGGCGGGUUCAAUGGAAUCUCGCGAAUGUGCAGCGGUGAGGUGUACGACCCGCUGAGCAACACAUGGGCGCCGGUACCUGACAUGUAUAAUCCGCGCUCUAACUUCGCCAUCGAAGUCAUCGACGACAUGAUUUUCGCCAUCGGCGGCUUCAACGGCGUCACUACCAUCUACCACGUCGAAUGUUAUGACGAGAGGACUAAUGAGUGGUACGAAGCUACGGACAUGAACAUCUACCGGUCGGCGUUGUCUGCGUGUGUGAUAAUGGGCCUGCCCAACGUGUACGAUUACAUCCACAAGCACCGCGAGCGGCUCAUGGAGGAAAAACGACAGAAAAUCCUGCUGUCGGAAAACGCGCGCCAUGGACAGCACCGCACCGCUCUGCCUGAUGUUCACCUUAUGGAGGACAACGACGAUAUGCUGGAGCAGCUGGGGUUGAUGGAGAACCAGGCCAACAACAACGACGUUCCCAUCCCGCCGCCGCCCCCCCAGCCAAUGGAGCAGGAGUGAUCGCUCGCGCUCCUAUUGCCGACCCGUCGUUGGUUACUGAAACUUUUCUGUACUACGAUAUGCCUUCCCGAAGUUUAAUAAGAAGAUAAAAAUAAUCAAUAAGAAGA